AUGGCGCUGUACCAGCAGCAGCAGCAACAGGAGGAGUGUGGCCGGGGCCCGAAGCACGAGGGCGACGAGGAGGUGCGGUCGGUGCAGGCCCCCCCCGUGCAGGUCCUGGCCCAGGCCCGGCAGACCCAGGGCCAGGUGCGGUCCCAUUUCGUCCAGUUCCAGGGUGUCGUUGCUGGACGUGUCCCUGCUGCUGCUGCUGCUGCUGCUGUCGCUCUCGCUGGUGCUGUUGCUGUUGGAGCUGCUGUGACUGCUGCGCCUGUGCAGUCAGCGACAACGGCAUGUUGGAGCGCCCUGCAGCUUCCCCUCCCGUAG